GCGCCCCUCUCUGCCCGAGGGUUGGGAUGCGGGCGCGCGGGUCCGGGAGAGCUGCCCUCGGGCGACGAACGGCGUUGGCCAGGCCCCCAGCCCGCCUCCCUCGGGCCUGCGGGAGAGCAGCCACCACGCCUCCCCGCUCACUUCCGCUGGAGACUCCGCGCGGCGUCGUGGCGACUCCCUGAGAACCAGUGCGCCCUGCGGCCGGCGCAGGUCCGACCACAGCCCGGCGAGCAGAGCGGCCUGUGGCUCCUGCGCCCUGCGGACGUGGCGUCCGAACGCGGCCCCCAGGCGCUGCGCCGAGCGCCGAGCCCCGGCCGUCGGGCACCGCGCCCGCCUCGCUGCCCACACGCUGCAGCUGCGCAGAAUAACGUUAGCCGGUAACCCUCUGCCCUCGCCCGCAGGCCCCGCCGCCAUGAAGGUGAAGAUCAAGUGCUGGAACGGCGUGGCCACCUGGCUCUGGGUGGCCAACGACGAGAACUGUGGGAUCUGCAGGAUGGCAUUCAAUGGCUGCUGUCCAGACUGUAAGGUGCCUGGCGAUGACUGCCCGCUGGUGUGGGGCCAGUGCUCACACUGCUUCCACAUGCACUGCAUCCUCAAGUGGCUCAACGCACAGCAGGUGCAGCAGCACUGCCCCAUGUGCCGGCAGGAGUGGAAGUUCAAGGAGUGAGGCGCCCACGCUGCACCUGGACCCCUCUCCCCCACCCCAAGAUGGCCCUGAGUCCCCCUUUUCCUAGUGGGACCCGAUGGCCAUGGUCUGGAGACAGUCCUUGGGCUAUGACAGGGUUGAAACAAGGACUGGAGCCUGUUUGUUGUUUUCCAUCACAAUGCUGACGCUUUUAUUCAAUAAAUAAAACUCAUUAAAGUACCUGAGCCUUGCUGGAGGCUUUGGCUGCCUGUGUCUUGGCACAUUGAUGAAGCUGCAGUGUUUUGAUAUGAAAACUCUCAUGAAUAAACAUCUUGAUGAAACAC